CCGAUUCCGUCUUUCUCUACAGCUGUCUUUCUCAAAACUCCAUUAUCAUCAUCAUCCAUCUCUCUCAUUUUCUCUCUUCCCUCUGCUUCUUCUUUCACUCUCCUAAUUUUCAUAUCCAUUUUUCAAUUCCAUUCCUUUAUUCAUUUACCAUUUUCAUUUCUGUUCCUUCCCUCUUGUCUGUUCUUCUUCUUUCUCCUCCUUCCGUUUCCACCUCUUGAUUCGUAAUGUCCGUUUGUUUUGAGGGCUUUUGAUUCCAUUUCUUCAACACCCAUUUUCGAGCUUCGUCCAUUUUUCCUUGUUUUAUUAACAUUUUUUCACUUGGGUUUUAUUUCUUCUGCUCUAUUAUUGCAUUCUGUAAGACUUUUUCGAAACGUUUUUUGUCCUGUUUCCUUCUGGGUUCCAAUCUAAAUCACUGUUCUUCUGGGAGGCUUUGAUUUUCUCGACCCAUUUUGAAUACAUUGAUGACUCAGAUCUCUGGUUAUUGUUUGGUUUUCUGCAAUUUACGCUUUUAUUCUUUUUGUUCCUUCUGUUGAUUUCAGUAACUUGAUUCGUAAUGUGCAUUGGUUUCGGGGGUUGAUUCAAUCUGCUUGUUGCUUCGGAGGGAAGAAGAAUCUGUCACUUUUGAGUUUCUUUUUUAUUUGGUUGCUUGUUUUUAGCUGAUGGACAAGGAAAAGCCCCAAAGCCAUGGGGGAGGAGGGGGAGGAUUUCUGCACCAAUCAAGUCGUUACUCGGGUUUUUCAUCUGCUGAAAGUAGUUUCAAUGGAAAAUCUGAGGCAACUUCGUCUUCCAUGUCAUUCCCUCCAUUGGCUCCGAGUACUAAUUCUGAUUGGGGUCAAUCUGGCCGUGGAUUGUCCAACGAUUCCACUCGGUUCAGCAAUGAUAUUAGUCGGAUGCCUGAAAAUCCACGGAGAAAUGUUGGUCAUAGGCGUGCCCACUCAGAGAUCCUGACCCUCCCAGAUGAUAUUUGUUUCGAUAGUGACCUUGGUAUCAUUGGCGGGGCUGAUGGGCCUUCUCUUUCUGAUGAUACUGAGGAAGAUUUGUUGUCCAUGUACCUUGACAUGGAUAAAUUCAAUUCCUCGACUGCUACUUCUGCAAAUCAAGUGGGUGACUCAUCGUCUCCCCUUGUAGAAGCAGCAGCAACUUCUACAGAUGAUAUUGCUGUUGGAUUGAAGGAGAGACCCAGAGUUAGACAUCAGCAUAGCCAGUCCAUGGAUGGCUUGACAAACAUUAAGCCUGAGAUGCUUGUCUCUGGGUCUGACGAAGCCUCUGCAGCUGAUGCCAAGAAAGCCAUGUCAGCUGCAAAGCUUGCUGAGCUUGCGUUGAUUGACCCCAAACGUGCCAAAAGGAUAUGGGCAAACAGACAAUCGGCUGCACGGUCAAAGGAAAGAAAGAUGCGGUACAUUGCUGAGCUUGAACGGAAAGUUCAAACUUUGCAAACAGAGGCAACUUCUUUGUCUACUCAGUUGACCCUCUUACAGAGAGAUGCAAAUGGUAUCACUGCCGAGAACAGUGAACUAAAGCUGCGAUUGCAGACAAUGGAACAGCAGGUUCACCUGCAAGACGCUUUAAAUGAAGCACUGAAAGAAGAAAUUCAGCAUCUGAAAGUCUUGACUGGUCAAGCAAUGCCAAACGGUAGAUCAAUUACAAACUUUGCUUCCUUUGGAGCCGGCCAACAGUUCUAUGCUCCAAACAAUCAAGCAGUGCAUACUUUGUUAACUGCCCAACAGUUUCAGCAACUUCAAAUACAAUCCCAACAGCAACAGCAACAGCAUUUUCAAUACCAACAACUGCAUCAGCUUCAGCAACAACAGGCAGGAGACAUAAGAAUGAAAGGGUCCGUAUCUCCUCAAAGCUCAAAAGACUCUGCAUCUGACACGAAGCCGCCUACCACUUGCUGAAGGAUCUUCACGGCCAAGUACGUUGAUAAUAGUUUAUUUUGUAAAGAAAUGAUAUGGUUUACUGUCUCAGAACGUUGGUGCUAGAAUCAAUUUUAGUUGCAUUCAAUACUUUAGAUAGCAUAUUCCCUUCCUGUAAGCAUCCAUACAUCUGCUUUCAAGCUUUGCUAAUUUGUUUUUUGAGGUUCGUUUUCUGUAGACGACGAAGUGGUAAAUGAUUUGUUAUUAGUUUUGUGGAUAUUAUGUUAUUUCUAUUUGUUAUUACUUAUCUGAAAAGCAUGGAUACGAAUAUGAGAUA